AUGCAUACCGCCGCCCUUCGACAAGCCAGCACGCCAUCGACUUGUCCCCCUGGCACCGCCGAUGACGGCCUCGGCAGUAGCCGCGUCCACAACGGCGGUAGUAGCGACAGAUGUGCGUCAGCACCUCCUAGGAGCGGCAACAGCGCCGGGGCGACGCCGCGGCCGCUGUCAUCGCCGCCGAGCGAGAGCCCCGAGGUGCGCUUCUACGAUACGUUCCUCUUGUCCAAUGUCGACCUACACCUGAUCCUCCUCGAGGAGGCGCAUUACAAGCAUGGCGUGUGGCUCAAUGUGCCACCGCAGCUCGCGCCAUCCAUUCCGGACAUGGGCCCGCCCGCUGUGCCAGAGCCCCUCUACCCAACCACACAGCAGGCACGACUAGCGGCCAUGGCGACAGCCUUGGCGGCAGCUCAGGCGAAGGGUAAAUGUGGCCCAAAGGCCAGCAGCCGCGGCACGACCGAUGCGGAGCUCAUAAGGGAGCCCACAUGCCUUGCCUACCGCCCAACCCACGGCCCGCCGCCCUUCUCCACGACUGGCACGAGCUCGCUAUGGAUUUCGGAGCAAAGGCUGGGGGCCACCGGAGCAGCCAGCUCCCCCCCUGCAGGCGACGCCGUCGCCAGUGCCUUCGCCUCAGUAGCGUCUCCAACGACCGCCUCGGCGGUCGAGGGGUGUGUGGCAGAGGGCGCCGCGCAGACGGGAGUACACACAGUCGCCAUUCGCGGCCCGGUGGACGCGUCACUGCUGUACCACUGCAGUGAGUGUGGCCGUCCCUUUAGAAGGCGCCAGGCGGCAGAGCUGCACGUGCAGCAGCGCCACGAGCAGCACGGAAGCAGCGCAGCUGUGGUGGAGGGCCCGGGGCCCGGUGAGGUCCUCGGGUACGAGGAGAGGCCUCUUUCCGUAGCCACCACGGCGGCCACGAAGACUGCAGCUGCAGCGUGCCAGCAAAGUAUUUUGCCGAGGAAAUGCGCGGAAGAGGCGAGUGGAGAGGACGCCGGCGGUGGUCACGUCACGGCUGGGAAGGGUGUCGCCGACGCCUCGGGUGCUGGCAGGCUUUCUGGCUCUGAUCGCAGUGCUGCCUACUGUUCGCCCCCGCGCGUAGAGCUCCCGGGGGACGCGCUCAUCGACAGCCUUCUCGAGGACGUCUGGGACGACGUGGGGCUAACACGGGACGACAUCGACAAACCAGCGGACCUCCCCACAGGACGGGCUGGUCUCCAGCAACACCCCAAGCAGGCCUACAGCAGCUGUCAUGGCCGAUUUUUCAUUCCUAGUGUGCUCUUCGUGGAAGGCACCGCCGACAACCGCGCUGAGCUGGAGGCAGCCGCGGCGGCGCGACCUGUCGCACGAGCCACACCAGAGGGCGCAGCGCCAGGCAUCAAACGUCGGCCUUCGUCUGUGUCGUCGGUGUUGUCAUCGUCCACGAUCGCCGCUCGGCUGCUGCUAGCGCAGCAGCGCAACGCCGACGGCACUCUCGGAGCUGGCGGCGACAGCGCUGCCAUCGGUCGGGGCAUCGGCGGUGGGACUCUUGGCGCGGCGCCAACCGCGCAGGAGUUGUCUAUAGCGGAGCUCAGCCGUCACUACCCUAACCCCUUUGGUGACAGCCCCAAUGCUACCCUGAUGGAGUCGGAGAGGGAGCCGAUCAACCCAUUCAUCGACCUCGAGGGUAAGGCAGCUGCGGUCGACGCUUCGCAGAAGGCUUCUUGCGACGCCGUUACCCAGUCGGGUGCGGCGCCCGAUAGCACCGCUGACGAAGCUGUCUUGGCCCCAGUCACGGAGGAGAUGGAGUGGCUGUCGCGGUGGGCAGCGAGGCCGUAUGCAUGCCCGCUGUGCCAGCGGCGCGCCUUACCGGAUGUGAUGAGGAUCAUGGCGCCGCUGCUACCCUCGUCGCUAAGGGCAGACAUCGAUGCGACCACCUCCGGUACGCUGACCGCUGGCGCCUACGGUGACGAUCGAGGAGCGAGUUGGUGCCCGGAGUCUGGUUCGAAGCUAGCCACUGCUGCUGCUGCUGCUGCGGAGGGGUUGACGCCCGGCGCGACUGCAGUCGCUUCCUUGUCGAAGCCUGCAGGCGGUGCGCCGCCGCCAGGCUCCCUCGAGGACCAGCCCCUGGUUGCGGACGUUGAGGCGUGGAGCUGGUACGCCGAGCGGGUGCCGCGCUUCCGGCUGCUGGACUCCCUCGAAGGCCAUUUGCAGUCGAAGCACCCCGGCUGCUGCUGCGGGGAUGAUGAGGCCGAAGCUGCGCGCGACGAUGACACUGGCGUAGACGACUACGACACCCUCUCCGAUGCGGACUGGCGGCGCCUUUACCAUGUUGCUAGGCACCAGAAGCUGUUGGCGCGAGCCGAGUUGCUGGCAGUGCAGCGGGCAUACCGCAUCAUGUUCCCCACGCAGCACAGCACUUCCGCGGAGGCGCUUAGCUCUGCUAAGCGCAACGGAAUCGACUUCCUGAAUGGCAUCGACGGUGAUGCCGGCAAGGAGGGUGCCAGGAAUGCGACGAUCCCCGACGAGGCAAGCGACACGGGAGAUGCAUCCGCUGGGGAUUCGCCUGCAUCGGUCUCUGCCAGCGAUGCCACGGCUGCUGAGGACACCGAUGUCCCUCAGGUGCACGUGCGAUCGGCUGUGAACACGGUGCUGAUCGGCACGGUGCGGGAUGUGCAGGAGGGUUUCCUUGGCGCGACCCGCAUUAUGCAGUAUGUUUUGGCAGUACGAGACACAACUGCGGAGUCGCAGGGCUCCGUCUCUGCAGACGAGAUGGGGAGCAAUGUGGUUGCCAACCAGGAAGAGGACGGAGGCGCCGAUGUGGACGAGGACCUGAUUGUCGUGCGCUGUGUCGGCGACCUCGUCCCUGUUGCGUUGCUGAAGCAGCAGGUUCGUUUGGGCUCUACCAUGUUCGUUGCCGGGUCGCUGCGCAUGAAUCGCAAUGUCGACACCGUGUCGCGACGGUCGCACGCGUACCCGUAUGUGAAGGUGGUUCCGCCCCUUGGCUGCGUGCGUGUCUUGGGGGCUUAG